CUGGCCCCACCCCUCCAGCUUCUAUGCUCAGGGCUUGCAGAACUGCAGCAGGAGUGGCCGUGCAGCCAGCUUCCUUGAGGACGUAUGGGAACUCAACGGUCCUGCAGGAGAAGACCCCUGGAGUCCAGAACCUUCUAAGAAGAUCAUGGCUGAGCCCAGUGACAACUCUCUGAGGAUUGUUCUGGUAGGGAAGACAGGGAGUGGGAAAAGUGCCACAGCAAACACUAUCCUGGGGCAAAGGAAAUUUGAUUCUAGAAUUGCACCCCAUGCUGUCACUAAGACCUGUCAGAAAGCAUCCCGCAAGUGGAAGGAGAGAGAACUCCUGCUUGUUGACACCCCAGGGCUCUUUGACACCAAGGUCAAGCUGGAAACCACCUGCAUUGAAAUCAGCAAGUGUGUCCUCCAGUCUUGCCCUGGGCCUCACGCCAUCAUCCUGGUACUGCAGCUGGGUCGCUACACUGAGGAAGAGCAAGAAACUGUCAUUAGGAUCAAGGCUAUCUUUGGGGAGGCAGCCAUGAAGUACAUGGUUGUCUUGUUCACCCGCAAAGACGAGCUGGAGGAGCAGAGCCUAAAGGACUUCCUAGAAAGUUCAGAUACAAACCUAAAAAGCAUCAUCAAGGAGUGUGGCCACCGCUGCCUGGCCAUCAACAACAGAGCAGGGAAGGCUGAGCAAGAAACGCAGGUGCAGGAGCUGGUGGAGCUGGUGGAAGCCAUGGUGCAGAGCAAUGGCGGCGUCUACUUCUCUGAUGCCAUCUACAAGGAUGCAGAGAAAAGGCUGGAGAACCAAGUAGCGCUCCUGAGGCCACUUUACACUGAGCAAAAACGGAAUGAAAUUAGAAUAGUAGAGGAAGAGUACGCUCUCGGGAAACUUAGUGCUCAGGAAAAAGAGGAGAUGGUACAGGCAAUUAGGGAAAAAUACGACCAAAAGAUAAGACAAGAAGCAGAGAAUAGCAUACUCAGCCAGAUUGUGGAAGGAAUUAAGAAAAUUCUUUUGAAAGUGUGGCAUAUUUUUCAUAAGUAGCCUGUGUAUUUUUUCGUUCAUUCUAAGCAUUUCUUCAUCUCCCUCCCUCCCAUCCUCCCUGCUGUCCCAUUCCUACAGCCACCAGCAAACUUCAGAGACAGCAGAACCAGGAAUUCACUGAGCCACAGUGAAGACUCAGUGUCAGGCUCCCAGACCGGGUCGCACACUCUGCACUCAGCUCCCUGUGCCUGCCCUGCUGUCCCCGCUCUGAUGGACUGAAAUCCUCUGCAGCCAUGGCCCGAAAUACACACUGCUCCCUAUGCCAGCCUGCCCUGCCUUCCCCGCUCUGAUGGACUGAAAUCCUCUGCAGCCAUGGCCCGAAAUACACACUGCUCCUUUAAGUUGCUUCUGUGAGAUGUUUGUCACACUAACAGAAAAGCCAAAAUAUAGUCCUUUAUCAGUUUGUAAUUCUGAUUUUAUUGUUAAAGGAGAAUCUAUGGUGUUAGGACGGCACAGACACAUUUGUUCUGGAUUUCAGAAUCAAAUUCUUAACCACUCUGACCGUCACACAUCACUGUCUCCCCUAGGAAUCAUCUCCAUGCUUUCUUUUGUAACUCUUCGGACUCACUCACCCAGGGUUGGUUAAUCUUAACUCCGUAGAGCUUCUGUCCCCACAGGAAAUGAGUUACUGACACACAGAGCAUAGUUUUGGGUUGGUUCACAAGGAUAAGGAGAGAGGAGAAAGCAUCUCCCCACACCUGCUGUGAGAAACUGCCCCGGACCUCCUGUCUGAGGGUCAAUGCUCGAAUGAAUACCACAUCCCACUUGACUAGAGGGUGUUAGGUGCCCACUGCUCUGUGAAUUCGGGGUUUUGGUCUUCCAAAUGGGAUGGCACAGUUGUGUCUAGAAUUUUCUUUCAGUAUUUGCUCAGUUUCUGUGCCCUUUGUGAAGAUCGAUUAGAAUAUGAAAACAAGGCCAUCAGUAAUUGUUGGCGAAAGACAAGAAUAGAAUUACACACUUUCCAAAGAAACGAUUAUCUCCCACGCGUUUUUAUUUUGGAGUGUUCUAUUUGAGCCCCGCAUCUUAAGUA